GCCCGGGAGUCCUGCGGGGGUCGGGAGGGGGCUCCGGCUCCGCGCCUCGCCGCAGGGGGGCGCUGCCGCCCUUGCCCGGCGCUGGCGCGCUGCUGGCGGUCCCCGCGGCAGGGCGCGCCGCCUGCAAGAUGUCCGUGCGCCGCGGCCAGCGGCCGGCGCGGCCCGGGACCCGCCUCUCCUGGCUGCUGUGUUGCAGCGCCCUGCUGUCCCCGGCCGCCGGGUACGUGAUCGUGAGCUCAGUGUCCUGGGCCGUCACCAACGAGGUGGACGAGGAGCUGGACAGCGCCUCCACCGAGGAGGCGCUGCCCGCGCUGCUGGAGGACUCGGGCAGCAUCUGGCAGCAGAGCUUCCCGGCCUCGGCUCACAAGGAGGACGCGCACCUGCGGCCCCGGGCCGGCGCCCCCCGCGCCAAGCAGCCGCACGCGCCGCCAGGGAUGUUCUCCUACCGGCGCGAGAGCCGCCAGGCGGCCGGCGCCUCCCCCGGCCCGAGGCUGCGCGCCGGCACCGCCCGCUCCCUGGCCCACGCGAGCGCCUGGGGCUGCCUGGCCACCGUGUCCGCCCACGAGAAGAUCCAAGGACUGCCCUUUGGGAACUGCCUGCCCAUCAGUGACGGCCCCUUCAACAACAGCACUGGGAUUCCUUUCUUCUACAUGACAGCCAAGGACCCUGUGGUGGCCGAUCUGAUGAAGAACCCCAUGGCCUCGCUGAUGCUGCCGGAAUCAGAAGGAGAGUUCUGCAGAAAAAACAUCGUAGACCCAGAAGAUCCCCGAUGUGUCCGGUUAACGCUCACUGGCCGGAUGAUAGCAGUGUCUCCAGAAGAAGUGGAAUUUGCCAAGCAAGCUAUGUUUUCAAGGCACCCAGGGAUGAGAAAGUGGCCCCGUCAGUAUGAGUGGUUCUUUAUGAAGAUGAAGAUAGAACAUAUCUGGCUUCAGAAAUGGUAUGGAGGCGUAUCCGACAUUUCAAGGGAGGAAUAUUUCAAAGCAGUUCCCAGGAAGGCCUGAUGGAGAAAGAAGAAAGGCCUUGGUGUUUGCAUUGAAAUGGAAACCUUUUAAGUGAUGCUUCCAGACAGCUGUUGACCUCUGUCUCUUUGUUGAAGGGUUCAUAGCAGCCCUGCCAUCCGUAUAGCAGAUGAGAGAGGGUGAACAGGGAACCCUGUGCUAGAUUUGAGAUUAAAGUGGUCAUUGGCAGAUCACCGACUCACACAGUACUUCACAUAGAUAGUCUUUGUUUAUGUUGUAUUCAAUCCAGACUCAGCUAUUUGGAAAUCACUGUUGGUUGUCAAAACGACAUGUUGAGACUGUUGCCGCUUCAUUCUUCAAAAGAAUUAUGCCUGUAUGUAAAUGUGAUUGCUUUGUAUUGUGAGAGUAUUUUAGCUGCUUGCUGUGCCAAAAGCAGCCUUGGUUCUAAGAUCAUUGCAACCACAAAGGAGCUUAAUAUGCAUCACACAGACACGAUAUUGUAUUUAGGGUGAGGGUGGAAGACUGCCCAUGGAUUACCUAUCCUGCAUUGUCAUAUUGGCUAGAAUGUACUGGUCACUUACGGAGCUUUUUUCCCCACCGUAAUAUGAACAACAGCAUAAGAACACACAGAACUUUGUGCACAGCCCUUCUGUAUAUAAGUGGCCCAUGGUGGUGCAUUAGAGGAGGCAGUAGCUUCAGCAUUAAGCUCCCCAGAUCCCUGCAGCUCACUCUUCUGGCAAGGGUUCCCCUCUGGCACGCAUGAACAGUGGCACCCAAAAUAAGAAGCACCUCGUUCUGCAGAGUGUAAGAGGAAAGGAGAAAGUGUGACGCUGGGAAAGCAGAGGCAAUGUAUCAGAGAAGAAAGGAAAGUCAGGAACUGAGGACCCAGUCCUGAGCCAGGCCCUCCACAAGAGCCAUCUCAUUUAAGCCCUACAGCCAGUGAGACGCAUGUCAUCGUUGCUGCUCACACACAGGAAAACUGAGGCUCAGAGAGGCUAGUUCAGUGUCUCAAGGUCUGACUCCAGAGCGUCCUGCACACAAUGGAUGAAGUAUUUCCUAGAACACUUAUAUUUUUAAGAACAAAAAAUUUAUUCACAUGCACAGAUAUAAAUUGAACCAGGAAAAUAAGUGAAAGCAAUUGGAAAAGAAAAUGACUAACUUGCCUUGAGAUGAUUUGUCACUGCUUUCAGGAAAAAAAAAAAAA